CACAUCCUGUGUGAACAAAACAAAGUGCACUGAUGCAGUUAGAAAUAAUGUCUUAUAACAUAUUAAUGAGCAACUUGAAGAGGAAAACAGUGCUUUAGAUUGCAGUCUCCAGAUACAACUGACACCUGAGAUUCUUGAGAUACACUUACACAGACAAAGGACAGGAUCAGCCACUUCUGGAACACCAAAAGAAGAGAUGGAAGCACUUCAUGGACUUCCCAUCGACCCUAUAAUGGCUAGCUGGGGUGUAAAAAUUAAAGACCAUUGUAAAGUCUGUGAUUAAAGACAAAUAAUGAGUGAAAUUAAUUCUCUGAUAGGUACUAAAAGAAAACGAGAUUGCGAAUUAUCUGACUCGACUGUAGAGUCACCACUGACAACAGAUAUGAUCAUGGAGAAGGCAAGGCAAAUUCUGAAAAAAGUCACUAACUCAGAUCAAAUUUAUAAAGGCAGCAGGAAGAAGACAAUCAUAGGGAUUUUUGGAAAAUCAGGAGAAGGAAAGAGCUCCCUUUUAAGUGCAAUCAUAGGGAAACAGGAUCUCUUACCAUCUGGUUGUUUUGGUGCCUGUACUGCUGUUCUUACUCAGGUGGAAGCCAAUCUGAAAGAUUCCAACUACACAGCAGAGAUUGAAUUCAUCUCUAAAGAGGAGUGGGAGAAAGAGCUCAAAGAUCUUCACAGAGAUGUAAAAGAUGAAAAUGAGGACAGAAAUGAGGACUUUGCUGAAAUUGCUGAAGAAAAGAUUGCUGCGCUGUAUGGAGAUGAUGCAGACCAGAAAACAUUAGAAAGAAAAAUUUGCUAAGAUGUUGUCUAGCGCAAAGUAAAAACAAAGCAAUUUAUUAUCUCAAAAGGUCUCUAAAUUUGCUGAAGAUGUUGCAAGUUACAUACAACACAGUGAGUCAAGUCCUGGUAGCUGGUUCUGGCCACUUGUGAAAAGUGUGACAAUCAAG